AUGGGGCAGCAGUCCCAGAUCAGCUCUGCUUCUCUGUUUCUCUGUUCUCCCCUGCUGCUACAAUCACACUGCCAUCCAUCAGGAGUGACCAUAGAUGUCUCCCUUGACCUGCAAGACAAGAACACCCAGAAACGGAAGGCUUCUCAGAAAUGGAGGACCAUGCCUUCUCAGGUAUCCAUAGGCAGCCACCUAUCCCCAUGGCCCAUGCACGCCAGUGGCCAGACAAUUCUACAAAACCGAAAGCCCUGUUCAGAGGACAAGAAGAUGCGAACAGGGAACUGGCAGCGGCAGACCUUGAGCAUUGCCAAGCCGAGGUACCUGGAGCAACUGGAAAACUACCUGCGCAAGGAGCUCCUUCUGCUGGACUUGGGCACAGAUUCGGCUCAGGAGCUGAGGUUACAGCCUUACAGAGAGAUCUUUGAGUUCUUCAUAGAGGAUUUCAAAACAUACAAGCCAUUGUUGUCCUCCAUCAAGAAUGCAUAUGAGGUGAUGCUGGCCCAUCAGAGGGAGAAGAUUCGCAGUCUGGAGCCCCUGAAGGCCAAGCUUGUCACUGUGAAUGAGGACUGCAAGGAGAAGAUCCUGGCCAUGCGAGCGGAGGAGAAAUCUGAGAUCUCCAUGCUCAGGAAGGAGAAGGUGAACUUACUGAAGCUCAUUGACAAAAAGAAUGAGGAGAAGAUCUCUUUGCAGAGUGAGGUGUCCAAGCUGAGGAAGAACUUGGCUGAGGAAUACCUCCACUACCUGACAGAACGCGACGCCCGCAAGAUCCUUCUUGCAGACCUGAACGAGUUACGCUAUCAGCGGGAGGACAUGUCACUCGCUCAGCCUCCGGGGGUCUCGGGGGAGGACGUGGUGAAGUUAACGCUGGCUCUGAAGAUGGCCCGACAAGACCUGACACGCACGCAGAUGGAGCUCACCACCAUGAAGGCCAACUUUGGGGAUGUGGUGCCCAGGAGGGACUUUGAGAUGCAGGAGAAAAUCAACAAGGAUCUGCAGGAGCAGCUGGAGAGCCUGCGAGCAGACUACGAUGAGGUCCGCAAGGAGCACGAGAUGCUGCUGCAGCUGCACGUGAGCACGCUGAAGGAGCGGGACCAGUUCUCCGCUGAGCUGCAGGAGAUCCAGCGCACCUCCACCCCGCGGCCCGACUGGACCAAGUGCCAAGAUGUGGUGGCUGGGGGUCCAGUGCGCUGGCAGGUGCUGGCUGAGGGCAAGAACAGUGACCAGCUGGUGGACGUGCUUCUGGAGGAGAUUGGCGAGGGGCUGCUCCGGGAGAAAGACUUCUUUCCUGGGCUGGGCCUUGGGGAAGCCGUCCCCUCUUUUCUUCAGUUUGAGGGCAACGUGGAGAACAAGAAGCCAACAAAGAAAGAGGUGGUGGAGAUCCUCAAGGAUGCCUGGCAGGAACGGCUUGCUGAGGAACAGAAACAGAAGUUCUCUGAUUUCUUUUUCCAUUUCCUGGAGCGUCACUUUGGGCCGAAGAAUGCCAUAGCCUGGGCCUACACCAUUUUUGAAAACAUCAAGCUCUUCCAGUCCAACAAUAUCAUGAGCCACUUUUAUGCAGUCUUGAUGGGGAAGAUGAAGGAGAGUGUGUAUAUCAAUCAGAAUGAAAACAUAUCACAGCUGCUGAAGGAGAUGACAGAUGUUGACAGUCAGAAUGAGGGAUAUCUGUCCAUGGAAAAUUUCAGCACCAUCCUCAGAAGUACCUUCCCCCUCAAGAAAGAAGAGCAGAUUCAGGCAUUGAUGGAGGCAGGGGGCUGGAAUCCUGACAGCAGCGGUGAAGACCUGUUAGAGUAUCGCUCACUAUUUCUGGAGAAUAAUGAGGGCCAGAGUACGCUCUUUGUUCAGAAGCUGUGGGAACAAUACAUGGAGGAAAAGGAGGAGUAUUUGCUGGAACUAAAGCAAGAGCUGGCCAGCAAAUUCUUUAAUGAGAUAACCCCAAGCAAGCUGCGGGAAGCGCUGAUCACCAUCGACCCCAGUCUGGACACGCAGACCUUGAACGCCUACAUCAGCCAGGCCUUCCAGGUCACUGAGACAGAGCUGCCAGAGGAGGGCAAUGAGCAGAUGGACGAGGGCAUUAAGCAGCACAUUCAGAGUGUGAUAAAACAGCUUCAGAUGGCUGACAUCAGGCGCAUGGGGCCUCGAAGAGAGCCAGAGCCUACAAGCUAG